AUGUACGACUGUAAUAUUCCAAUGAACUCGUAUGUAACCUUCAAUGUAGGAGGAAUUUGUCUCUCUAUUAGCUACAAAACUCUUGAAGAAUAUCCUCACAGCAAACUGUAUGAGCUUUCCCACAAAUCCUCAUCGCUUUCUCUCACUAUGCUGUCAACAGUUUCGUCAAGUCCACAGCUUCGCAACAAACAUGAGAUAUAUUUAGACCACAAUCCAUUGGCCUUUUUAUGUGUACUGGAUUAUCUCAGAUACAAACGAGUGCUAAUUCCUCGUAAUGUGUCUUUGGAUGUCUUCAAGUUACAGCUAGUCGAUCUGCGUAUUCCUUUCAAUGAUGCUGACAUUCUUUUGGGUAAUCAGCAAGGAAUGACCUUGAACCAACUGCAACAGUCUAGCAGUGUGACCAGCUCACCUCCUUCAACUUCUUAUACUAGUCUUACUAGAUUGAGUGGCAAUGAUGGUGCUGCAUCUAUUCCAGACCCUCCAUCAACUAAAGGCACUUUAUUUGGCAGUCGGGAUGACCCGCCAACAUACUCUUCUAUUGAUACUGCUUGUUCUUCAACCUUUGGUAUCCAAUCAACUACCAAUCAAUCCAUGCAUCAGCGUAUAAGUGCAUUUGUGACGGAUCGCAUUCAGUCAGUCAUUACCCACCAUGCUGUUCUUGGCCAUAAAAGCGUCCGAAUCUAUAUUCUGCCAUCGGGAAUCGAUCGUGAAGCUAUUGUCAGCAAUACCCACACUGACGAUCCCAAUGCCAUGCCAGAAUUCUUGACCCUAAAAACAGAUUAUUUGAACGAAUCAUCUGAAAUGGAUUUCUUACUGUUACCCGAUUCAUCACGCACGCUUUCUGAUUGCAUCAAGGGACAAACUAGGGUUGUAAGUGCGGAAACUGAAGCACGGCACAUUACUGUACGACGAGAAAAUUCCUUUGGAUUAUUUGAAUCCACGUCAUUGAAUAUUCUUGUUUUGGCUAUUAAGAUCUGCUGA